AUGCAUUUCAGUUAUCGAACUGGUUCAUCAGCAUCGACCCCAGUUAAACUAACACCGCAUUUUCCUCCAACAGAGAACGUCUUCUGCUUCUACCAAACGGGUGCCGCCUUUCGAACGGGAAACGGACGGGUGGCGGUCACCGAUCUGAACACAAACCUGUGCACUCACAUGGUCUAUCAGUACAUCAGACUAACGACCUACGGCAGCAUUCAAACGAUGGACGUGAACCUUUCCGAACUGCAGCAGUUUGUCGCAUUGAGAAGCAACGGCGCGAAAACACCGAAACUGCUCGUCUCAGUAGGCGGACCGCUGCAAAGUUCGCGUGAACUUUCGGCGCUCUUUGCGGUUGUGUCACUGCGUCGGGCUACGGCUACUGCGAUCCUCGGCUUUUUGGAUCAAUACGGUUUCGACGGAGUGGAUUUCCAUUGGCAGUGGCCGGUGCUGAAGGGAGGUAAUCCAGAGGAUAGAACCAAUUUUCCCAAGCUGCUGGCGCAACUGAGAGAUACACUUCAGCCGAGCGGGAAAAUACUUAGUGUGUCAGUUGCUCCUACAAAGGAUUACUUCUGGUCUAGCUACGAUGUACCGGAGAUGGCCAAGUACGUAGACUUUGUAAAUGUGAUGGCAUUCGAUUUGCAUGCCUACUGGAAUGCACAAACGGGACACAAUGCUCCGGUUUACCGGUCACUUGAAGAGACUUCCAAAACCGAACGAGAACUGAAUGUGGUAAGUUUGACGCGGUCUCGUGAUUGA